AUGCGCGGACGCCGGUGGGCGGCGGCGGCGUGCGUGGCGUGGUAUGCGUGGUGCGCGUGCGCGGUGCUCGCAGCGACGAGCGCGGGCCGCGAGCUACGGGUCCUGCAAGCGGAUGCGCGCACCGCGUUUUACGUGGGCAUCGCCGCGCCGCCCUCGGCCGCCGACGUCGUGCGAGUGUUCAAUCGCUCGCUCGCCGACAUCUCUCACACGUACCUGGCCGGCGACUACCCGCUCCAUCUGCGCAACAUCUCGCUGCUGCCGCUGUACAUCGAGCUGCCAGAAGAUGAAAAAGAAGACAAUCAAUAUUACAAAUAUACCUAA